AUGAGUAAGUUGCAGUCCGAGGUUCUCAAGGAUGCCAUCUCCCAGAUAGUUCAGGAUGCCAAGAAGAAUAGGAAGUUCACUGAGACUGUUGAGCUUCAGAUUAGUCUAAAGAAUUAUGAUCCACAAAAGGACAAGCGUUUCAGUGGCUCUAUUAAGUUGCCUCACAUCCCUCGUCCAAAGAUGAAGGUGUGCAUGCUUGGUGAUGCCCAACACGUUGAGGAGGCUGAGAAGAUGGGACUUGACUACAUGGAUGUUGAGGCCCUCAAGAAAAUGAACAGGAACAAGAAGCUUGUUAAGAAGCUUGUCAAGAAGUACCAUGCUUUUUUGGCAUCAGAGACCAUCAUCAAGCAAAUUCCCCGUCUCCUUGGUCCUGGUCUCAACAAGGCAGACAAGUAGUCCGUUUCUGACAUGACAGUUACUUUGCGUGCCAAGCUGUAGCAUGCAAUGCAGUGUUGUCUCAUAUUUCUCUAUGUAGUUUUGCAUGAUAAUGACUAAUUUGGUACUUAUUGCAAGGCAAUGUCCUGUCAUUGUGUUUGUAUUGAACUAUUUUAUUAGUUGCUUGAUGACAUACUCUUGGAGCUGUUCAUCUGGAGAGCUUUUGAUAUAUGUGGUCUGCUUUGCCUGCCCAGCUGAUUGAAUCAUGUUGAUAUCACUCCUGCAGGCAAGUUCCCCACUCUGGUCACUCACCAGGAAUUCCUGGAAUCCAAGGUGAAUGAGACGAAGGCUACAGUCAAGUUU